UCAAACUGACGUUCUCGCGCACUUCCGCUGAACAUCUCGCGAGAUCAAGUUUCCUUGGCAACAGUACACCGUGUUUUCAUGGAGAGGUCUGAGCGACAAAAGAUUCAACUCGCAACCAACCAGCCAUACGACGAGAGUUUUGAGGUGAAUGCAGAAGAGGCGGUCAGUGUGCACACACCAUCCCCAAGACAGAUAGUUUCCAGGAGGACAGGCAGGCAGAAGCAGAGCGCCAUGGCCACUUAUGCUGGCCAUAAACUUGAAGAGGUCUCCAAACAGAGAAAGAAAGAGCCGCCACCUGGGGCCCACGCUUCUAAUCAGAAUGAUGAAGAGGAUGAGGAGGAGGAUGACGAUGAUGACGAAGAUGAUGAUUCUGAUGACACUGAGUCUGAUGAAGAGGAAGGGGAGCCUGGAUCUGCUCCAGAAGGCGCAUAUGAUCCAGCCGAUUAUGAACAUCUUCCUGUAACAGCUGAGAUCAAAGAGCUAUUUCAGUACAUCACAAGGUAUACUCCACAGACGAUAGAGCUUGACCAUAAACUGAAGCCCUUUAUCCCUGAUUUCAUCCCAGCUGUGGGGGACAUUGAUGCUUUCCUCAAAGUACCAAGACCAGAUGAGAAGGCUGACAAUCUGGGUCUCCUGGUUCUGGAUGAGCCGUGCACGAAACAGUCAGACCCAACAGUGCUUUCCCUGUGGCUCUCAGAGAACAGCAAACAACACAAUGUUGCUGAAGUUAAAGUAAAGAGCAUUGAAAACCCAGAGAAGAACCCGAAAGCCAUAGACAGCUGGAUCGAGAGCAUUAGUGAGCUGCAUCGGUCCAAGCCUCCAGCAACUGUACACUACACAAGACCCAUGCCAGAUAUUGACAGCCUUAUGCAAGAGUGGCCGCCUGAGUUUGAGGAGCUUUUGGGGAAGGUCAAUCUCCCCACUGCAGAUAUUGACUGUGAUUUGGCAGAGUAUGUCGACAUUAUUUGUGGAAUCCUGGACAUACCUGUGUACAAGAACCGGAUUCACUCACUUCACGUCCUGUUCACACUCUACUCCGAAUUCAAAAACUCACAGCACUUUAAAUCUGUAGCAGAAGGCCAGAAAUCUGACACCCCGCCUGCUUCACGUACAGCCACGGCUGAAUUAGAAAGACUCACUUUGGACUGAGGUCUCCUUCGUGGCUUAUUUUCUUACAUCCUGUUUUGUUCUGUUGUGUCGCCAGUUGUAGUUGUGAAGUUACAUUCUGUUAUGCAUCUUAGAUUUAUAGGUUGGUUUAGCAGAUUUUUUAAAUAAAAAAUGUAUUUAAUCAAACUGUAGAUUGUCUUUAAAAAUCAUUAAAUCUGUUCCAUCAGUCCACUGCCUAUAUUUAUUAAAA